AUGCUGAGAACCUGAACUUCCCUGAGUACUUGGAACCAGGAAAGGAGCAUGAAUUGGCUUGUGCUCCUCGGGCUGGUGGCCUUCUCAGAUUGCAUAGUCAAAAUACCUCUAACGAGAGUGAAUAUCAUGAGAAAAACCCACAGUGAAAACAACAUGCUGAACAAUUUCCUGAAGGAACAUGCUUACAGGCUCUACCUGACUUCUUCUCCUGGCUCAAACAUAACUAUUCACCCCCUGAGAAAUAUCAACGAUAUGGUAUAUGUGGGUAACAUCACCAUUGGAACACCCCCUCAGGAAUUCCAGGUUUUGUUUGACACAGGCUCAUCUGACUUGUGGGUGCCCUCCAUCUUUUGCACCAGCCGAUUCUGUUCUUCACAUGCUUUGUUCAGACAUCUUGAGUCUUCCACCUUCCGGCCUACCCAAGAGACCAUCAGCCUUAUAUAUGCUUCUGGGAGGAUGAAGGGAGUUGUUGCUCUUGACACUGUUCGGAUUGGGGACCUUGUAAGUACUGACCAGCGAUUUGGUCUAAGCGUGGAGCAAUCCGGGUUUGAGGGAUGGCCUUUUGAUGGCGUCUUGGGCUUGAACUACCCCAACUUAUCUUUCACUGGAGGCAUCCCCAUCCUUGACAACCUGAAGAAUCAAGGUGCCAUUUCUGAGCUGGUUUUUGCCUUCUACCUGAGCAAAAGCAAGCCGGAGGGCAGUGUGGUGAUGUUUGGUGGGGUGGAUAAAUCCUACUACCAGGGAGCGCUUAACUGGGUACCAUUGAUCCAAGCAGGCCACUGGCGUGUCCACAUGGACCGCAUCUCCUUGAAAAGACGCAUUAUUGCUUGUAAUGGCGGUUGUGAGGCCAUUGUGGACACCGGGACAUCACUCAUACUUGGCCCAGGAAAACUGGUCAAUAACAUCCUGAGGCUCAUCGGCGCCACACCACGGGGUUCUGAGCACUACGUUUCAUGUUCUGUGGUCAAUACAUUGCCCUCUAUUGACUUCACCAUCAACGGCAUCAACUACCCACUGCCAGCUCAAACCUACGCCAUCAAGGAUUCUACCGGCGACUGCUACAUCUUCUUUAAACAGAUCCCAGUGAGUAGAUCUACAGAGACCUGGAUCCUGGGUGACGUCUUCCUGAGGCAGUAUUUCUCAGUCUUUGAUCGAGGAAAUGACAGGAUUGGCCUGGCACAGGCAGUGUAA